AUGUCUGACGAAGAAGAAGUCUACUCUGAUGAGGAAAUCAUCGAGGAGGAAGAAGAAGUAGAAGAGUCUGAAGCAGUCGAUGCUCCAGAAAAGGAAGAUGAACAUGAAGCUGAAGAAGAAGUAGCUCCAGUCGAGAAGAAAACUCGCGCACCAAUUGUUCAAGAGGAGAAGCCUCCAGCAGAAUUGACUGAAGCUGAAGCUGCCAUGUUGGCUGCUAAGAAACGUCAUGAAGAAGAGGAAGCUGCCAAGCUCUUGGACUACGAACAAAGAAGAGUUUUGGAGAAGGAGAAGAUCGAAGAAGAGUUGCGUGACUUGAAGGAGAAGCAAGAGCGUAGAAGAGCUGAGAGAGAAGCCGAAGAGAGAGAAUUCGCUGAAAGAAGACGUCAAGAUGAAGAAAGAAGACGCAAGGAAGAAGAAGAUAGAAAGAAUCGCAUCGAAGCUGAGAAAAACCGCAAAAACGAGGAAAGACUUCGUCGCCAAAACCUUAUGGCUGGAUCUUUCAAUGCUGCCGCUUCAGGAACUGAAGGUGGAAGAAACUUCGUGGUCAACAAGAACGAUCAAGCUCGUGAUUUCGCCAACCUCGGCCAGAAGCCAAAGUCAGGAAAGGCUGGUCCAUCUGCUGAACAACUUGCAGAGAUGAAGCGCUCUUUCUUGGCUGCUCUUUGCCGUCCAAUCGACAUUUCUGGAAACCUUCCAAACGAUCUUAAAGACAAGAUCAGAACUCUUCAUGCUCGUAUCGUAAGAUUGGAAGCAGAGAAGUAUGAUUUGGAAAACAGAUACGAGCGUCAAGAAUACGACUUGAAAGAACUCGGAGAAAGACAAAAGCAAGCUGCCCGAAACAAAGCUCUUGCUAAGGGACUCGACCCUGAAGAAGCUUCGCAAUCAGUUCAUCCACCAAAAAUCACUGUCGCAUCCAAAUUCGAUAGACAGAUUGAUAGAAGAUCUUAUGUUGACAAGAGAAUCUUGUUCAACGAGCCCAUCGUGAAGAAGCCCUUCGCCCUUGCUCGCGGAACUGCCCGUCCACCACCAGAGUGGGGACGCAAGGGUAACGAGGAAUUGGAGCAACUGAGAAAGAACCUUGAGCCACCAAAAUACGUUGAACAGGUCAAGGCCGAAGGAGACUCUGCUCGCCCACCAGUUGAGCCAAUCCCCCUUCAAAUCCCUUCAAAUGAGUUUGAAGAUCUCCCAGAACAGCCUGUUGCUGAGGAAGAACUUGUUGCAUAA